AUGGCUGGACUCCUCCUCGCCGCUGGUGGAAUCUUCGGUCUGGCCCAGCCUGCCCUGGCUGUGCCCGUCCUUGAAGGCCGUUUUGUCUCUGUUCCCGCAACCACAGUCACUUCUGCUGCAGCUAUCACUGCCAGCGUCGUGCCAGUUACGGACGUGACUUCCCAUGGCCCCUACACCGGGCCAUCCCCUACCACAACAGGUGCUCUGUCCACGAAUGUCCUGGCCGCUUCUGUGCCAGCACUGCCCGCAGAGUCAAGCAAGUAUGACUACCCAGCCGAUGGCAACCUCCACGCCGACGAGCCUGCCCCCUACACGCCUGCAGGAGGGCUAGGAACCAACGGUUCGGCUCCUGUUUACCGCGUGCAGUCCGACUUUGACUACCAGUCGAUCCAGCUGGGUCUGUACCAGGAGUGGAUCGAGCUCGACCUCUUCCACUACGGUCUGGCCACCUACUCGGCAGCCGACUUUGAGGCUGUUGGUCUCACCGCUGAAGACCGCUUCCUGCUCGAGUUCAUGGCCGACCAGGAAGUGGGCCACGCCACCCUCCUGACCGACAUGCUGGGCCCCAACGCGCCCAAGCAGUGCACAUACAACUACCCUUCGAUGAACGUGCGCGAAUACAUCGACUUUAGCCAGAAGCUUACGCGCUGGGGCGAGUCGGGUGUCUACGGCUUCCUCAACCACCUCGACUCGCGCGAGGUCGGCCAGCUGCUCCUCCAGUCCAUCUCCACCGAGGCCAGGCAGCAGAUGAUCUUUCGCCAGUUUGGCGGCCAGUUCCCCAUGCCCGUGUGGUUCGAAACGGGCAUUCCGCAGUCAUGGGCCUGGACUCUGCUCGCGCCAUACAUCUCGUCCUGUCCCGAGGGUACGCAGCAGAUGAUCUGGCAGAACUUCCCGGCGCUGCAUAUUCUCAACCAGCCCAACACGGCGCGUGUCGAUGGUGCGGAUGUCUGGAACGAGACGAGGGGUGACUACGCCAACACGCUGAGCACUGAUGCUAUCAGCCCCGAGGACGCAUGCGUCAACGCCACGGGCGUUGGUACCAGCUGUGCACCGGGUAUUACGCGCAACAGGACCGAGCCGCUGUCGUAUGCUGGGCGCGAGGUGUUUUUGCAGUGGGAGGAGCCAGGGAAGCCCGUGGGGCCCAACAAUAGCUAUGUCACGAGCACUAGCUCAGGCACGCCGAAGUAUGCGCUCUGGGUGUCGCAGCUGAACGCGACGUACUCGCCUCUGAUGAACGUUAGUGGCAAUUCGGCGUACACGAUCCAGCCGAACGUGUCGACGUUCGAGGGCGAUCCAGCUGUGAACGGGACCAUGUUCCUAGCCAUUACGGACGAGGAGCUGGUUGUUACGCCAUUUAACCUUAGCAUGGUGAACCCGCAUGUCUACGCCGUGUCUCUGUACCAGGCUGGCUAG